AUGACGCCGAUGGUUUUCCAUGGAUUUGGAGUCCUGCAAGUAAGAAUGUUGAAUGUCUCUGAGAAGAUGGGUUCCAAGCAAAUUGUCCAAUUCCCCAUUUUGUUGGAGGGCGUGCGCAUGUCUAGAAGAGGAAGUGAUCUUGUUGCUCCCGAUUUGAUGACGUGUCUGCAAGAGAUUAGAAGAGGAAGACCUGAAAAUCUUCAUGCUGAAGAAUUGAAUGUCGUCCACAACUCCAAAACUACGACUCCAGUACUCAAUCCAUUCGGUGUUCUGGUGCCUCCUGAUUGGAAUGCAGCUGGACUAGAGGUGGUGAGGGUAUCCAUCCAAAAUUACUUCGCAGAAAUGUCUGAAGACAAAGUCCACGCUUGGCAUGUGUUUUCUCCAGAAACCCAGCAAUCCAUGCCCAUCAUCGGUUCCAUUGGCAGUAGGAGACUGGGGAUAUGUGCUGGGUCCAACGACCUUCAUCCGGGGAUGUUGGCCGUCGUCUAUACAGAGGAGAAAACGUCACGGCCAUGGAUAGGAAAGAUAACCUCCGUAGAAGAGAAAGAAGUGACCAUCCACUGGUACCAGGGGACUUAUGAGAAAUCAUGGAACCCAAUGACUGGAGUUGAAAACCUUUCAACCGUUCCCCGAGAAUCACUCCUCUUAUGGGGAUUCACUCUAACAGACUAUAGGCAGCUGCUGAGGAGCGAAACGAGGGAAGAAUUAAAGCGGCUUCAUCAAGAGACUGACCAAAUAAUGCAACCAUCUCCAGGCCCUUUGAAAAAGUGCAGAAGUCGGGAAGGAAGAAGGCGGCGGGAUCUUACGAAGCCGAUCGUCCAAUGGAUGAAGAUUGGGUUCCCCUCAUCCUUCAAUCCUGUGCAAAAGGAUGGGAAUACAGCCAAACGGCUGAAACCCCAUCGUGUGAACUCACAGGUCAUGCUUCUCGCCCCUUAA